GCUCGAUGACCACCGUCAACUAGGAAAACGGAGAAUAGGGGAAUUCAUGAAAACAUAUGCUCCCAAUCCAACCGCAAUCAAUGCUCCAGCUGAUCCGAAAGCUUUCUUGGGGCUGCCACCCGGAAAGCCUCCACCAAAUCCGCCUUUUGCCCGCUGCUGCUGCAGGGACUGCUGCAACCUAGCCCACGUCUCACGAGGAUCUCCAGCCAUGAUGAUGCCAAAAAGAAGAAUUGGAAAAGGAAUUCCAGCUGGUUCGGACUGGUUGACUGACUGACAUCGAAAGCUGGUCUCGCGGAUUGAGAUCAAAAGUUCGGGUUUAAUGCCGCUAAACUUUAUUAGGGAAGGUGUGAGAUUGGGUUUCCCAAUGGUUCUACGACGCCUCAAUCGCAGUACGUUCCAGCUUUCGAUGGGCCUUGUAUUUUACAGCACACGACUAAAACACCGUCAACCGAACUGAGUAUUCAGAGCUGGUAUUCACUACUGUCGCGGAGAAUUAUAUCGUUGACUUUUGCUGCUACGGCCCUUUAAGCAAGCGCCUAAAGGGGUGCGACUUUGGAAAUGCCUCCAGAGCGCUUCGGUAAAAGCGUUUUCCUUGGGAAUAUCCCCUACAAUCUUACGGAAGAGCAGGUGAAAGACAUUCUCAGCUCCGCGGGCACUGUUACGAAAUUCCGGUUGAUGAUAAACCCCGAAACCGGAAAACCAAAGGGAUAUGGAUUUGCCGACUUUGCGGACGCAGACGCUGCUGCUUCUGCCGUACGAAAUCUGAAUGAUUAUGAAAUUAUGGGUCGCAAGAUAAGAGUGGAUUGGCCACAUAACAAUGAGAAAGACUCCGUACCGCCUGACUACCCCCAACAAUCUCAGAUGGGUAUGAUGCAGGGGAUGCAGGGACAAGACCAGUCGCAGGCACCUGUACUGCCACCAUUACCUCCAGGAACAGAACUUCCGCCAAACCUCACUUGCCCUAACGCGAUAUCACAAACUCUCGCUUCCCUCCCCGCUCCUCAACUUCUCGACGUUAUUACGCAGAUGAAGUCACUGGUGAUGGCAGACCCAGCUCGCGCAACGGAGCUAUUGAGACAAGCCCCCCAUCUUGCCUAUGCCAUAUUCCAAGCGCUGUUACUCAUGAAUCUUGUUGAUUACAGCGUCCUUGGCUCUGUCGUUGAGCAAGCGUCACAGCCUCAACAGCCUCCGCCACAAGCGACACCUCAGAUGCCUCAACAGUUCCAACCAUAUCCACCGAUCCCUGGUCAAAUAUCUACGCCCCCUGUACAACAUACUCCUUUCGCGCCACCUCAAAUGCCUCCUCAAUCUCAACCCCUACCACAGCAACAGCCCGCCCCAUCACAGAUCCCUAGCCAUGACGAGCUGCUACAACAGGUAUUGAGCAUGCCACAAUCUGCGAUAGAUGCGCUGCCACCAACGGAGCGUAGCCAGAUAAUGUUACUGAGGCAGCAGUUAAUGCAAGGAGGGAUGCGAUAGUUAUGGAUUGUGUUCCAUGCAUCGCAUACCUGUUUACAGUGUCUCGUCAAGCUGAAAACUUAUGCUUAUAGUGGAUGAUACGGGGAUUUGGCGCAAUGGCGGUGGUACUUUUAAUAUUUAUUUUUAUGACUUUGCACGUUUUUCUUUUGCUAUGCUGUUACUGGUACUGGUCAUAAGGGCAAAAUUAGGGCAAGAUACACUUUUCUCUAAACGGCGUUCUGUCAUUUUAUACAAAUUUGAUAGCAAGAAAUUACUUCCGCACGUUUUUGUAAAUGACCUCUUUGUGAACAUACGCCUAUCGAGUCACAUUUGUGGAACGUAGGAGUGUAGUUGGCGUAUACAUGUUCCGUGAUGCUUGUAAUUGAUAGGCGCGCGGCAGGCGCUAAAAUUCUGUCGCAACCAAAGUAUCGCCAAGAUUGAUUUCUGCAGUCGACGUCCAGAUUCCACUCCGCAUGAAUCCAACUCGUGUCCUCCAAUGGCCAGUGGAUAUAACUGAAGUCAACUACUGCGUAUUAUGUCCCUAUCUAUCUUUGAUGCAACCCUGAAUUUCCCUUCCUAUAACAAAUAGCAAGCUUACGAACAAGCUCUCAUCCCCUUUUAAACAUUCCAUGCCUUUGCAGGAGGAUCGCGCUUCUAGG